AGAUAAAUGGGUCAUGGGUUGAGGGCAAAUCAAAAAGGGUUGCACUGUGACUACAGCAAUUGUCAGGUGGACAGGGAGUCUAUUUUAGCGAGCCAUUCACAUGAGACUUUGAAUACAUAAAUCUUUCACUAAUAAUCAUGAAGUGCUUUUUCUUUUCCUGACUGACCGCUGUCGCUGCCCUCUCUGAUUUCCUCCCACCUUUAAGGUACUGUAAGCUGCAGACAUGUCUGAGGGACCGAGAAAGCCAAAAUAUUCAGCAACACGCCGGCUGCAUUUAAAGUCCAAACUGUUGAAGAGGGCAGCUUCUAUGCUGGUGGCUGAAAGUGAAGGGAAGAAACACGAGAAGGAGAGAGUUUUGAAUGAGAGCUACCCUCCACUAAAGCUGUCAGGUCUGUCAGUCGAGGAGCUCCAGAAUCUUUGCAAAGACCUACAUCAUAAGAUUGAUGUUGUAGAUGAAGUUCGUUAUGAUAUGGAGGUUAAGGUAGCCAAAAAUGACACAGAGAUCCAGAUGCUGUCUCAGAAGAUCGUUGGGCUGAAGGGGGCAAAGAGGCCCAACUUGAAGAGGGUGAAGAAAACUACAGAUGACAUGCUGGGUGCAUGCUCCGACAACUCCAAACUCAUGAAGGCUGACUUCAAGGCCAAACUUAAGACAGUGAAGAAAGAGGAAGAAAAGAAGGAAGAAGUGACUGACUGGCGUAAGAACGUGGAGGCCAUGUCUGGUAUGGAGGGCAGGAAGAAGCUGUUUAAUGCAGGAAAAUAAGAAGAAUUAUUGUCCAGAUUCAAGAAGAAGUUUCCAUUGCAAGAUGAAAUAAAACUUGUUUUUGUAAAGAAUGAUAUCAACCACCGGCACUUGUAAAAGAAUCAAUAAAUGCACUAAUUAGAUUAUACAGUAUUAAAUAGUUUAAUCUUGCUUUAAUGUAAACAUGUAUGUAUAAAAUGCCACUGUAUGCCAUGGAUGUAAUCAUAUACUGUAAAUUGUAUAGUACAAAGUACCCUUUGCAUAUUGAAAUUGUGCUAAAGAAAAGGCUGAUCAGCUUUAUGAGUUUGUCUUUUAAAGUGCAGUAUUUGUGUUACACAGAUGAUGGCGCUGUCCAGGUAGUCUGUAAUACAUGUGAUGAUUGAUUAAAUGACCAUAACUACUUUA